AUGACGAGAGCCGCUGUGCUCCUGUGCUUGCUGGGUGCGUCGCUGGCGGCGUCCCCCUCUUCAUCCUCGUCGCAGUCAUCGUCGUCGGGUUCGUCGUCUCCGUCUUCGCAGUCCACCUCGGUCGUGUCUUCGUCCAGUUCGACGUCGACCAAGAGGGACGACUUCAGCGCCGCCGCUUCGUCCAGCCACCCGGUGUACUCGCCCUCGGUCGGCUCUCCGUCGUCUGCGUACGGACCUUCUUCGCCGUACGGAACUUCCGGUUCCGGCUACUCCGGAGCGGGAGCCGGGGGCUACGGCUCGGCGGGUGGCUCGGCGGGCGCUUACGAGGCGGCCGCGUCAAGCAACACGUACCACAGCCAGGCGAGCCCCAACAGCAACCUGUACUACUACUACUAUCCAGUGUCUAAGAACAGCGGCCAGCAGGCCUCCAGCGCCUCGGACGCCGAAUACCAGGCGAGUGCAGCGCAGAACUAUGCGGGCGUCUCGGCACCCGGCAGCGGCUCGUCGGGCUCCUCGUCGUCGUCGGGCGGCUACGACCAGUCGGCCAGCGCCUCGUCUUCCUCGGGCUACGGCUCUUCCGCCGACGGGGGCCCCUCCUCCUCGGGCUACGAGCACGACUCGAGCGCCGCGGCGGCCGCCUACAACGCGGCCGCGGCCGCCAGCUACCAGCAGCAGCUGCAGGCGUACGCCGCCCAGGGUGGCGGACACUACGGACCCACGCAGUACGCCCACCUGAGUCAGCUGGCGCAGCAGUACGGACCCCAGCUGGCAGCCGCCCAGCAGUAUGCGCAGUACGCCCAGCCCGGCACGGGCCACUACGGAGGAGGCGGAGGCGGAGGAGGGUCCUAUCCAUCACCGUCCUUCCAGGGAAGCUACGACACGUCCAAGAGGUACUACGGCCUGGGCUCGGUCAUCAUGCCACUGCUGGCGCUGGCGGGUCUUGGCCUGCUGAUCCCCACGGUGACCAGCCUGAGCGGCAAGAAGAAGCGGUCCAUCGAUGACGCGAGCCGGGCACACCUGGGAGACUACGCCGAGCGGCUGGAGCGGUACUUCAAGAUCUACCGGGCCGCUGUCGAGAGCGAGGAGUGCAUGAACCGCAUCAUCUGCGAGCUGGGAGACGCCGUCAGCAACGUGCGCGGAAAGUCGGCGCUGCUCACGGUAAUGGAGAAGUUCGCGCCCGGCUGGAUGAACAACAAGGUGGGCGUGUUCAAGUCCGCGGCCGUCAGCGUCGACACAACCAAGUGCUCCCGCUACAAGUGCUGAACGCCGCCGCGUAGCGGCGCCCCUGAGUCGACCAUAAGCACCAUGCAGCCCACCCAACCACACCGAUGAUGACGACGACGACGACGACGAAUACAAAGUCAAACCACCGCCACCCUCCGAGCGUUAAGGACUAAGGCAAAAAGAAACAAACAAAAAUUGUUAACAGCUUUCGAAUCGU